AUGCUGAACUAGAAGAAUUUAUAGUAAAGAUUGUGCGUGCCACAAAUAGAGGAAUAUCAGCUGUUAGAAAUGUUACGAGCUCGAAUCCAAAUUGGAGCUUCGGACAGUCUAUGUUUUUCGCCGGCACAGUCAUUACCACCAUAGGAUAUGGUCGUGUAACACCAUUGUCGGAAGCUGGAAAGGGUUUCUGUAUAUUAUAUGCUAUCAUCGGAAUCCCUCUGACACUUAUAAUGUUUACAGCAAUAGUUGAGCGUCUGAUGAUACCGACGGCUUGGUUUUUACAAUUCAUGUUUAGAAAACUAGGACAUUUGUACAAAGUAUUCCAUAUACAGCUUCUUCAUUUGUCUAUAAUAAUCAUCCUAGUCAUCGUUUUCUUCUACUUGAUACCUGCCGCCAUCUACGUCACAAUAGAACCCAACUGGAACUAUUUAGACGCCUUUUAUUACUGCUUCAUCUCCUUGACAACCGUUGGGUUGGGAGAUUACAUUCCGGGAGAUUCUCCAGAUCAACCUCUUCGUCCAUUGUACAAAGUAGCCACGACAUUUUAUCUUUUCAUUGGUCUCAUGAUGAUGAUGUUGAUUCUCGCGGUACUCUACGAGAUUCCGGAACUCAAUAUUGGGUUCCAUUUCUAUCUGAAAAGCGAUACUGAUGAGGACGAGCGAAUGCGGUUACAGGCCUCUGCUGCGUCCGGCCAGAAAUAUUCCAAACAAAUUGAUGAUGAACCAGCACCAGUAUCAGAAUAUCAGGGUAUUCCAAGUUUUCCCCGCCCGCAGGCGACUUAUCAGUCAACGGAUGGUGCUUUACAACAGUCACAAUAAUUUUAAUAUUUGUGUUCAGUCUCGUUUAUAAAGGGGCCAAUAUUUAUAUCAUUUUGUGAAAGCUUGCAAUGAAUUAUUUGAAAAGCUUGUAGUUAAAAAACCUAUUAAUACAAGGACAGAAAUGUUUUUAAUGACAUGUCUGCAAAUGAGUGGCAUGUAUGUAGAAAUAUGAGUAUGUUUUUAUAAUUUAAU